UAAAUUUUCUGUGCUAUUUAGGUUGUUUUUGCAUUAUUCUGCGAUGCGGAAUCGUAUCGUGUGCAAUCGCGUCUGUGUGCAAACGGAUCGGUGGGCAAUCGGGUCGGUGUGCAAUCGGGUCCGUGUACAAACUGGUCGUGAUCGUGUGCAAUCGGGUCGGUGCGCAAUCGGGUCCGUGUGCAAUCGGGUCCGUGUGCAAUUGGAUCCGUGUCCGAUCGGGUCCAUGUCCAAUCGGGUCUGUGUCCAAUCGAGUCCGUGUCCAAUCGGGACUGUGUCCGAUCGGGAUAAUGUGCAAUCGAGACUGUGUCCUAUCGUGUCCGUGUCCAAUCGGGUCUGUAUUUAAUCGAGUCCGUGUCGUAUCAGGUCCGUCUGCAAACGGGUCGUGUGUAAUUGGGUCGGUACGCAAUCGGGUCCGUGUGCAAACGGGUCGUGUGCAAUCGGGUCGGUGUGCAAUCGGUUCCGUGUGCAAACGGGUUGGUGCCCAAUCGGGACCGUGUGUAAUCGCGUCGGUGUGCAAUAAUCGAUACUGGACGCGCUCGGAUCAUUGAUAGGUGGAGCGGCCGGCGUGGUAAAGGCGGUGAACAACAAAGCCGCGCGACGUCAGCUCGAGGAGCUGCAACGUUACAAUCGCGCGAUGGAAGUUCGCGGGAUGUAUCUCGCCCCGUACACAGGCGGACGAGAGUUGUACCUCGCCUCGUACAUGUACGGAGAAGACGUAAAAGCAAAAAAUACAUCAAAGAGACGUUAAAAAUACCUGUGGGUGCGACAAUGGACGUACAAUUAUUGCAAUUGGCAAGACGUAUGCGUAUUCCAUAUUUCAAAAAAGUAUUUAUGCGUAACACCUUACCGACGAACGGUGUGCGUUUAAACGGGAGCGGUAUCGUAAACCUAGGCGAUGUGAUGGGCCCCGGUACUGAUUGGGUGGCGUACGCAAAGAGGAAAAACUGCGUCGCGUAUUUCGACAGUUUCGGCAAUCUUAGACCGCCUAGAGAACUGGUACGAUAUUUUGGAGAGGAUGUAACAACGUUCGAGUACAAUCAAACGUUCUACCAACCUACGAUCAGAGCAUUUGUGGACAACUUUGUCUGCUUUUUAUACUCGAUUUAAAGACUGACAUUGCGCUGUUUAAAGUAAACUGUCGAUGCUGCAUGCUCUGAAAAGCGGGCGAUACCUGAGCAUGGCUUUUCGUUUGUGGGAUCUGUAUGAGUUUCCACUAUUGCAGCGUACAACCAAAUAUUCAUGGGCCAUCAAGACCGCUACUCAACUCGAGAAGCCACGUACGUUAUCUUCGCUUUAUAGGCUGGUCGGAAGAACGUCAUGCUCGAGGACGCGAGUCGAUUCGAUCAUUACAAACUGACGAACGUAAAACUGUAUCUAAACUCGGAAUGUUAUUCGUAUGACGAUAUGAACUUGGAUUUUGAUAAACCCAAAUGAGCGAUUCUCUAGGACAUGUACGUACGUUUUUGUAAAACCUAUUACGCAUACGAUUACCUUGAGCCGAAUCAAACUGUCGCGAAUUUUCGGCAUAAAGGUCCGUUCGUGAUUAUCGAUUGUUCUCGACAAAACGAAUCAGUCAAGAGCGCAACCGUGGACGUACGCUUAGAGUUUGAAUGCAAAGAAAACUUGCCCGCAAAUACCACCACAUAUUGUCUCAUCAUACACGAUCGUGUGGUUCAGUACAACCCGUUGACCAACGUUGUUCGCAAAAUAACCUAAGUGCGCCAUACUUUUCUCUCAAAAUCAAUUUGAAGACGAUAUAUAAACUUACGAUAUGUCGAAAGUCGAGCGCAGUCUUCUCGAUUACCUAUACCAAAGACUUCGUCAUGUCCGUACCAACGUUCGUGGACCUGCAAGGUUUUUUCGUUGGAGGAAAGUUUAUCGUUAAGGAGUUUGCCGCUCUCGGAGAUGGGUUUGAUUUCUUCCACUACAUUUUCCGUGUUGUGGAAUCGACUCAACAACGCGGACAUUAGAGUCGCGAAUUUAUUACGCUUUUAUAGUAUUGGAUUAGAGUCACGAAUUCGUUACGAUCUUGUGGUCCUUAGACUGGGGUCACGAAUUUAUUAAAGUAUCGUUGUUUUGUCCGAUCGCGCCCGCCCGUGUGAAUUCGCUCCGUGCUGUUCGUUUCGUAUUGCAAUUACGUUACGUAUGCGUCCCGAUCCGCAGCCGAGUCAAUUGUAAUUUCGUCCUGUAGUCGUGUCGCGAGUUAUUAACCGCGCUGUAGAUUAUUGCGCAUUUGUAAUGUAUUGUUAGUAAAAUUGGAUUUAAUCUGUCGCAUUGGCAUCGCGAAUCUCUGUUGUGACGUCCUGUCGUUCCCACCCCUCUCCUUUUCUUUUUUUUUCAAUAUUUUUCUUAUAUUUAUCCUCUACUAACCCCACGGCUUUCCCUGAUACUCAUAGAACAAGAAUUAAGGUCCAUUUGAAUUAUGAGACAAAGUACAGACUACUAGGGAUUGAACCGACUCAGCAUAACAACCUGAGCAGACCUAAGGCCGGUAUUCAUAGUCGGGUCUUAUAUUUAAGAUCAUCUUAAGUACUGUCUUAAGAUGCCAUCAACCAAUCACAGAGCCGUAUUAGCAUCUUAAGACAUUGCUUGAGACGAUCUUGAAAUAAGAUUUGACUAUGAAUACUGGCCUAAGACUCCAGAUACUUAUUCCUGAAUCAUACUCGGGAGGCCAUCUAGCAUACUGAAGGUUAACUAACAAUCGAUUCAGCCCUACAUUACUGACACUUUUUAAUUUUGCUACUCAUGCUUAUCUUGAAAUGCCGAAUGACUACUUUCCGUAAUUAUGAUGGUCAUAUCGAGAUUAAUAUUGUUUAUAAAAAAAACUAAAAUUAUAAAUAUUUAAUCUCACUGCAAAAUUUUUUGUAACCUCGAUAUUUCCUGAACCAAAAUUCCUAAAAUUAUAGAAACACUAUAAACAGAGCCAGUACGUCUCGUAGUACCCAAAUAUACAAAUUUUAUUUUAAUCGUGAAACUCAAAAUUUAAACUGCAAGAUUUUCACAAUAUCAAAAUAGCCAUUAAAAGUGCUCUUGAAAACAAAUUUUUUUUGGCGCAAACUAGAAUCCGAUAUCUUAAACCUCGAAUUAUAAGCAAUCCAAAAUUGGAAAACUACCUUCCAAAAAACGAAAAUAUAAGCCUUCGUGAUGAUACUGGUAUUGUUCCGCCCUUCCUCCGAUAUCUGGUUCACGAGAUAUAAUCAUUUAAGGGUUUUACUCGAGAAUACAUAAGCAAAAUAUUAAUUAACAAAUGAAAAAUUGUUAUUAAAUAAAUUAAUUUUACUAAUCUUACCACGCCAAAUUAAAAUAACUACUUCAAAAUUUAUUAUAUCAAACUUUCGUGAACUUAACUAUUAAUUAUCUAAUUGUUUAUUGCUAAUAAACAAUUAGAACUUAUAAAAUUAAAGGCAUGACUAGUAAAAUUAACAACAAAAUUACUGCGCCGACCCUGCGCAAAUAAGAAUUAUGUUUUAUUAAUUAAGAAUUACAUUUUAUUAAUUAACUAAUUAUUUCAUAAAGCUUUAAAAAGUAUUGCAUAAGCCUUAAACAAUAUAAGUCAUUGUUAUAAUCGAUUUAAUUAUAAAACAUUAAAACUUUAUAAAAACUUUAUAAUUAUUUUAGACCCUUUCUGACGUAAAAGGUCUCACAAAAUUAAUCUUGAUUAGCUCCAUGGCCUAUGAAUACAAUUAUCACAGAUAUAAUUAAUUAAAUAACAAUCACUUUUAUUAUAUUAUCUUACGAAUCCUAUAUUAAUAUCGAAACUCUACUACAAGUUAAGAACAAUUUUGAGGCUUUUGCAAAAUAUUCGACAAAGCGUAUAAAAUUGUUAAAUCGCAUAUAAUUGUGAACAAUAAUUAAGAAUAAUUUUAAUUAACCGAAACAUUAUAAUUAAUAAUAUGUAUCAGCACCAUCACUCUUGAAGCCUGAGAAAAAGUAACUAUUUGAGAAAAUCAUUCGCGCCAAUUUAAAACAUAGUCAAACCCAAAAUCAUAUCGAAACAAAAGUUUUCCAUUAAUAAGAUUCGAGAGAAUUAAAUAAUAUUCUCUAUUAAAAGGCUUCCAAGAAUAAGAUGCUGCACCGCGACAGGUGCAAUUGAUGAUACAUACUUUAGCAUUGAAAAAAUCUGACAUUGAGAUUGUUUAGACUAUCUGAUAGCUUUGAUAUCGAUUUCACCCUACUCAUCUAUGCAUCGAAACUAGGGCAACCGAUGCAGGUGCGGGGGCGGGUAAUUAAGAUGCAUUAUAAUAUAAAAGACGGUAUCUUGUCCCGGCGCAAUAUUUCAGUAACACUCCGCCAAAUUCCGUCUUAAGUAAUCGCGACACUCUUGGUGAUAGUCCGAAAUAUCAUAGUGCAAAUCAGCGAAGUCUCAGUAAUCUCAAUCAGAAUCCGGAAGGAAGGAAAAGAGAAAUAAGAUAUUCUAGAUUGUGGCCCUUGCGGAUCCGGAGUCAUCCAUGCUAUGGCACAGAACCCGAAUUAUCGGAGACCCGAUAAUAAAGAGUUUGGGGAUGCCAUAAGCCGAGCUCUGAAGAGUACAAAAGAGCGACGGAUAAAAUAUUUAGCCGCAAACGCAAAUAACCGGCGACGUCAAAGAGACCUCGACAUUAACGACGCUGACGAAAAUGUUCAACCUCCUCAAAGACGUCGAUUGGAAAACGCUAUCCUCAUCAGAGAUGAUGAAGUUUCACAUGCUGAUCUUGAAAAUACUGAUUUUACUGAGGACUCCAUAAAGGUCGACGACGAGCAGCAAUCAUACGAGGAAUUGUACUACGAAGAUUACCAAACAGUGGACGAAGACAUCGCCGAGCAGGAACAGGCCCGUGAGGACGAUCUUUCGGAUUGCAGUCUGACCAGCAGUGACAUUGCAAAAAUAGACGAAUUCGAUAGAAAGAAGAGCACAGCUAGGACAGAAACCUGCGAAUGAUGUAACUAAGAAAAACUAUUUAGAUUGUAAUGUACGUUUAAUCUUAUUAUUUUAUUUUAUCUUAGUUUUUUUUAUUUUAGUUGUUUUAUCUUAUUAUUUUACUUGACUUUAAUCUUAUUAUAUUAAAAAAUGUAAAUAUUUAACUUGUGUGUAAACUUUGUUUAUGUAAAUGUAUGUGUACACUUAAAACUUCUCACAAUCUUUGGAACGUCAAUGAUAGGGUUUCAGUUUGUAUACAUUGUAUAAUAUGCAUCGUAUAUUUUGCAGAAACAUACAAUUACUUUGUACAAAACAGCGUAAGUGGCGUCUUCAGUGCUUCCGACGAAUCACCGCUCUCUAUAAUAACAUGAUGAAAUUAUAUGUUAACAACUCGCAUUACAUAAUACAGAAUAAAAUUACGUAUGUCACAUUUCUCAUAAAAAAUAAUUUUGAAUUAUAAAUAAAGUGCAUAUUAAUGUA